AUGUCUGAAGCUGCACCCGACAACGACGCUCUGAUCGCCCAGCUUGCUAGCCUUACUGGCCUCGAUCCUGCAACAGCUGAACGCUACCUGAACGCUUCCAACGGAGAUCUCACCCUCGCUGCAUCGCUCUUCUUUGACGAGGCUCAAGAGCAACAAGAAGGAACUUCCGAACCAGACGUCGACAUGGCCGGCGACGAGCCAAACACAGACCCUACCCAGAACCCUCCGCCCACCGGAGCUGGUGGUGGACGCACUCUCGGGGGCGCAUAUGUACCCUCGCCGGCGCCGGCGGCAUCUUCAUCAUCAGCGCAGCCUGCUGCUGCUCGUGGACAGCCUACACAGAGAGGUGUGGCAGGUGCUCGCACGCUGAGGGACCUGCAGGCAUCGGGCGGUGGCGGACACGGACACGCCCACGAUGACGACGACGAUGAUGACCACGCCGACGACGAGAACCAGGACUUCUUUGCUGGUGGGGAGAAGUCUGGCCUGGCUGUCCAGAACCCCAACCAGUCGAAUCCGCGCGACCAGAUCAACAACAUUUUGAAGCGGGCACGACAAAACGCUCCCCGUCCAGGCGGUGACGACGAGCAACCAGCUAGCUCGUCUCAUUUCCGUGGCGCAGGUACGACCCUCGGAGGCGACGAUGCUCCUUCCCGGACCAUCCCAGACCCCACGGCCAAUAUCCCCGCACCGCCCCCGCGCGCCCACCGCGAGCUUCACCUCUGGCGUGACGGCUUCUCAGUCGACGACGGCGACCUGUUCCGCUACGAUGAUCCCGCAAACGCACGCACACUGGAGAUGAUCAACACAGGUCACGCUCCACUACAUAUCCUAAAUGUAGAACAUGGCCAGGAGGUGGAUGUCGAGGUGCACGCGCACAAGGACGAAGACUACAAGAAGCCAAAGAAGAAGUACGUUCCCUUCUCGGGUAGCGGAAACCGUCUGGGUAGCCCCACCCCGGGUGCAAGCUCAGCGGCUGCUCCCAUGCCGGCUACUACUUCAAGUAGCACGGCAGCCUCGACCCCAGGGGCUUCUGCGCAACCUACCGUCGACGUCGACUCAUCUGCUCCUACCCUUGCGCUCCAGAUUCGCCUCGGUGACGGUACACGGCUGUCGUCGCGCUUCAACACGACACACACUAUUGGCGACGUCUACGACUUUGUCACCAGGGCUAGCCCCGCCAGUCAGGAUCGCGAGUGGGCGCUCAUGACCACGUUCCCCAGCAAGGAAUUGACGGACAAGGCCCAGGUUCUAGGCGAUAUUUCAGAGUUCAAACGUGGUGGUGUAGUAGUGCAGAAGUGGAAGUGA